GCGAUCGAUUUCCAGCUUUGGUGUUGCUCUGUGCUGUGUUGACAAUCCAAGGAGCGACUGUCCUUCAUUGUCAGAAUGCGUACAUGGAUCGUGGUUUUGGUGCCUGCUGCAUAUUGACCCAAUUCCUUAGCUUGGUGGGCAUAACAUGGAGAAUUCCUGCCUGCCUGCAUUGUGAGAUUGUGCAGUGGUGUGCUCCUCAGUGUAUGCGCACCAGCUUGGUUUGUUAGGUUGUGGCAGCAGCUAAGUACCUAGCAGUGGACGCAUGCAAUAUAAUGCGCCCACCCCACACGUAUUUUGCAGCGCUGGUCUCUCUCCUCCUGCGUGUGUUUGUUGAAGUGGUCUGUCAUACGCUCUCUGUAUUAUAUAUAUAACGCAGAUGAUCACCCGACCCGGCCCAUCAAGCCUGCUUGUACUCACUACACACUACUACAUACGUCUAGCAGCUGCGAGCAUGUAUCAGUAUCACCAUCAGCCGGGCACCUCUUCUUGUUAUGGUGAGGUUACAGGCGGUGGUGGCGAUGCCAUCCUUCCUUCUCCAGCUCGACCGGACGCCAUGCUUGCCGACGGAGGAGCAGCAUUCUUGCAAUCGCCAUUGCCAUUGCCGCCGUCGAGCUACAUGCUACCACCACACUGCCCCUCUCCUCUGCUUGUUCCUCCACCUCCAGUACCCAUGUCCAUGUGGCAGUCGGACGAGCAGCAAAUUACCAGGGUGGCGGCGCCAGUAAGGUACAGCGCGGAGGAGCGGCGGGAGCGCAUCGACAAGUACAGGAGCAAGCGCAACCAGCGCAACUUCCAAAAGAAGAUCACGUAUGCUUGCAGGAAGACGCUCGCCGACAGUCGGCCCAGGGUGAAGGGCCGCUUCGCUCGCAACGCCGGCGACUACACCGAUGCAGAUGCUGCAGUCGACCAUGUCGGCCAACCAGCUGAAAUCGAGGUGCCAUCACCAGCCUCGCCCGAGUGGUGGCCGCCAGCAGUUCAGCUUCAAGACUUGCCUGCCGGCAUCGACCCAGCAGACGAAGAGAUGCUGGCCGCCUACCUUGGCGUCUCCUCCAUCACUAUAGAUGAUCACCAGUAUAGCUGCCAGCCGUAGACACAUAAAAGAUAGAUAGAUGAUGCACGAUAAGUCAUUCCAUACUCCAUAGUGAGUGAUCAUCACCUUCUCUUUCUCUCUCUAUAUUAGUAUUAUUUGUCACCUAGGAUGAUAAAUUAAUGGUCCAUUGUUUGGACUCGACUGAAUACAUUAGAUCAAAUCAGUUUGUGCUUAGACGAGCACGUCCUAGACCUGACAAAAACGGGUCUGAUAUACUUUUGCGACACCCAACCCGUUAUAAAAUGUCUUAGCUAUGAACACUGUAUUGGCAAGAAUGACUCAGAUACAAUAUAUGAUGUCUUAAAUAAUGUGAGUUAGAGGGAAUGAUUUAAAUU